GCUCCCAAUCUUCGUGGAAGGUGCCCUCGUGGAUUGCGCAUGAUCCAACAUUCUACUGGUUAGGCUAAUCCACCUGCAGUUUCUGAGUUAUUCAAUUAGUUGAAAUGUGCCUUUAGUGUUUCCAUACCUAGACAUAAACUGGUAUAAUCAUGUUUAGAAUGUUAUUGUUAAGAUAUAUUUUCUCCAUGUUACAUAACAGUCAAGGCAAAGAAGGAUUGUCAAUAAUCAAUGAAAUUAUUGAGCACAGUGGCUCCUCCCACACAAGUGUGAAACGACAUAACUUUUCAAGGUCCCGCCUACGAUGUAAGAAAUGUAAGAAAACAGGUAAACAGCUUGUAAGCUCUUGCUUAUCUCCUUCGAUGCAGGCGUGUGUGACGGUGUUGCGAAGUCCAUGGGGGGCUAUCUUAUGGUAACGCUGUGGACAACCACAGACGACAGACGUAACCUGGGGAAUAAAGGCACUAAAUUAUACACCCCAAAAAAAUGCAAUUCAAUUUUCGUUCAAACAGAUGAUCAAAAAAUGACAAAUGUCAGCCUAGCAAGGGUGUUGGCGUUUUGUUUUCUCCUCUGCAUCUCCAAAGACUCAAUUGCGGAGGUCUCAAAGGAACUUGAAGUGAAAGUGAACAUGUUGCUUCAGUAUGAGAAAGAUGAUCCUAAAUGUUUCCUGAAUGGGACAGUUCAAAUCUUUUGCUUUUGGGAAGAGAGGGAUGAGGACAAUGGGACCGCAGAUCAGUAUACAUUCAGAUAUACAUACCCAUACUGUGGCGCUGCAGUCUGUCCUGUUACAGUCUUCUCUAUUGGUGGCGGGAGGACAUUCUAUUCUUGUGAUAAUUUUCAAGCUACACUAUACGUUCCACUCUCCAUAGAAGUGCUGCGUGGUGAGCAACUAAUCCACAACCGCACCGUCUUCAAUGAUCACAUCAUCUUACUAGAUCCUCCAGGCAACCUGACACUGAGAACAACAGCAAAGCCAGGCCAGCUGAAGGUGAACUGGGUGCAACCAGUCUUCAUUGAUGGAGACCUGCAGUACGAGAUUAGCUAUGCUGUUAGAGGAAGCCAGAUGGGAAAGCGUGACGUGGUGCGCAGCAAAACAGACCUGCUCCUCCAAAACCUGCUGCCAGGUGCCAAUUACUCGGUGAGGGCCCGCGCUCGGCCUCAGAGCUCAGGCUUCAAUGGCUGGUGGAGUGCCUGGUCAGAUCCAGUGACGAUUAGGAUACCCAAUGAGACGGACCCCCUCAUAUUAUCAAUGAGCCUCAUAAUCUCCUUCAUCUUCCUUCUGCUCUCUUUGACCAUCUUCUUGAACCAUCGCAAGUUCCUUUCAAAGGUCUUGUGGCCCACCAUUCCAAGCCCUGAAAGCAAAUUCCCUGAUCUCUUCACUGUCUACAAAGGGGAUUUCCAGGAAUGGAUGAACCAAAGCACUGGCAGUAUGAGGUGGAUCCCAGUCCACUACUACAUGGAGGAGCCUGUGGCUCCGCUGGAGGUGCUCUCGGAGGUCACCGUCAGACCGACCCCGGCCAGUCGCGUUUCACCUCCCAAGGACACUCAGGGCGCAGAGGCUGAUGGAGCCAGGCGACUGGAGGUGGGCGAGCAUGAGGUGGAGAGAGACUCUCCGGUAAGGUGGGCUGAGCUGCAGCAUGAGGCUUGGAUGCUGGAGCACCUUCGGAACCUGCAUCAACACCCGGCCCCCCUCUCCCAGUCCUCUCUCCUGGAGUCCCAGGACGCCUACAUCUCCCUCAACAACUCGCAGAAGCCCGAGGAAGAAGAGGAGACGCCAGGAAAGGAAGGGGGUGGCCUGGAGGAGAUCCUGGAGGAGUCCAUACCUCUGCAGACUCUAUUCGCAGGGACAGGAACCAGGUCGUCCACAUCUCACUCUGACCUGGGCUCCCUGCAGCAGAGCUCCGGCUCGGGCCGACUGUCUGCACAGUCCAGCUUGGAGUACCCCAACCAGACCUGGCCGCCACACGGCCCCAGCUACACCUACAUGGCCGUGGCUGACUCAGGAGUGUCCAUGGACUACAGCCCCAUGAGCUCCAGCCAGAUCGCGGAUGCAGAGCAGAAACACAAGCCCAGGGUCAUCUACACCAACGAGUAUAAAAAUGAGCUGCCCCUCCACAAACACUGGCCACUUAUGGGGGCAGCCAAUGGGCUCCUGAGGGCUGACCUCAUGGACUCUGCAGCUUCGAAACACCAAACAUAAGCUUUCAGGGAAGGGCAGAAGUGGAUUUCCACUAAAAGAAGAGGACAUUAUGAGCUUUUUUUCUGUUGAUGUGCACCUGCCAUAUGCACAUCUAGUAUUGAAGCUGAAGCGGACACACAAACAACAGACACAAACAACAGACAAACAACAGACAAUAGAUAAAAAGGCAGAGGAAUCAAUAACUGGGUGUCCAUUCAGCUCAUUUGCUUAUGUGCACAAUUCAGUUAAAGAAAAUGUGCAUCUGUAUGCAUUUCCAUCUGUUAUUAAUGCAAAUUAAAAAUGAAAGGUCAUUUGGGCAAUGUUUAUGGAAACGCAUUUUAAAACUGUAUCAAAUGCUAAUUUAUGUGAAUACGUUUCCACCAAACUUAGUCACAUUAUUACUUGAACAAAUCGAGCGUUUAUCCACUCACUUUUGUGUAUCAAAUGUCUAUUCGCAUGAAAAGAUCUUAAGCAAAUUUCGAGUGCUUCCAAUCAGAACUACUUCUUUGAAUGGUCAAAAUGUGCAUUAAGAAGUUUAAUGGAAACCCAGCUAUUGAAAUAAUGAAUUUUGCCAUAAUGUGAAUGUGCCAUUUUGGUAUAGUGUGAGAGCUGCUCAUGCAGCUAUUACUGUGAUCAUGAAUUUAGUCAUUAUUAUUUAAUAACCAUGUAAAUGUCAAUGUCAAAUGUUGUUUUAGGCAUAAUUUUUGUUGUCAUUGUUAAAAUUGUCCGUGUUCUUUAUAAUACAAUUACACACAUCAGACAAAUAAGCAUUACUGUAGGAUGUGGAAUAAGAGAAGAGAGUUGAUAUCAGACUUUUCUCUGACACUUAUCUCCAGCUUGCAGACAGGUUGAGUAUAUUCACUCUAUAAAGUCACUGGGUAUCCCAUUUUUGUGGCCCGAUUUCUCAUGGGUUGUUUUACAAACUGUUAAUAUAUUUGUUAUGAGAACACAAUAAAAAUGUCUGCUUUUGCUAUUAAUUAAUGUAAAGCUUUUCAGCAUCACUUAUAAGUGACUUAUUUUUAAUAAGCAGCAGUGUGAUUAUAAUUGUUUGUAAUUGUAAUUCAUCAUAAAACAGCCCAGACUAUAGUUUCAUAAAAAUUGCACAGAAUACCUAUAUCUGUAAUGUUGUUUUCAAAGACAUUUAUUUGCCUUGACCCUGGAGACAUUCAAAAAUAUUUCAAGGCAUUCUCCCAGUAGCCAAUAGCUAGCAAGUAUCUCCAGAGGAUGCCAGUUUGAAUUUUGCAAAUUUGCAGUAAAAACUGUGUUUAUUAUGUCAAGAUUUUUUUACCUUGUUGUGUCAUGUGAUAUUUCAUUCAAUAUGUUUGUAUGUAAUUUUGUUUCAUAUCCAGAAAUACACUAUAUGAAUAACUCUGUAAGUAGCUCUGCCUUCUCUUUUUUCUUGAGGGCCAGACCAAAGCUUUCAGUUAGUUAACCUCCUUCAUGUUCACCUUCAUGUAGACUUGUGAUCUAAGACAUGUCUCUUGUGACUGUUGUAUUGAAUAACACAAAACAUGUAAAUAUAAAUAUAAAUUUAUAAACAAAUAUCAUAGUACCACACACUGCAAGUAAAACGAAACAGGACUAUGAUCAACAGAAUGUUUGUGAAUUCUCUUGUCAGUUUUUUUGGUAAUUUUAUCACAUGGAAAUAUUGUACUUUCUAUAAAUAUGUACUUUUCUUACAUUCUAACAUUUUAAUUUGUUUUAAAACUGUUUCAAAGAAUGAGAUUUGUGUAAAUAACUUAUUAUUCUAUACAGACAAAGACUGUCAAAUGUAAACACACUGAACCAUUUUUAUACUUACAAUACAUAAACUUCAUCCCAAUUAA